AUGUCUCGCCCCGGUGAGCCGACCGGCCGGACCCAAAGGCCCCAUCUUGACGCGGGGGUCGAGCCCCCCACCGAUCGCUUCCACUCCGCGCUCGCCCUUGAUUCCAACAAGCCCGACUCCAAGGACUUGGCCCUCGAUCUCGGCUCCCCCGUCUCCCCGCUCCGGUCCCGCGCCGCCUCGGCGGCCGUCACCAACACCAGCAGCAGCUCCAGCUCCUCCGGUUCCUUCUCCGGCAAGCUACCGGCGAGCGCCGCCGCCGCGCGGAACGUCGCCUCCGGCGGUCCUCCCGGGAGGCCGAACCACCCCGGGGAGAUAUCCGGCGAGAGUGGCCCCACUGCCUUGGAAGGCAGGAGUUUGUGGCCUGGCCACCGCCGGACCGGCUCUGCCCCGCUUGUCUAUUCCGGCGGCGGCGGGAGUAGCUCGGCGAGUUCUCCGAUGACCAAUGUCCUUCCUGCGGGGAACAUCUGUCCCUCGGGGAUAAUCGGGAAGACGGGAAUGAUCGCCCAGAAGACGCCGAGAAGCGACGUGCUGGGCUCCGGCACCGGGAAUUACGGCCACGGGAGUGUAAUGCGUGGCGGGACUCCCGGCGCCGGGGCGUGGAAGACGAGCGGGGACGUGGGGAUGGGAAAUUUGGUGGAUUCCGUGGCGCGGAGGGCAAUGACGAGCUCGGAUCUACAGGAGGUGACGAGGGCGGCGAACGAGCAGUACAAAAGGGGGCAGUUCGCAGAGGCGCUGAGGCUCUAUGAUCGAGGGAUUGCGAUGUGCGAUCACAAUGCCGCGUAUCGGAGUAGCCUAGUGUCGUGUCGGAGUAACCGGGCGGCGGCGCUUAUGGGGCUUGGCAGGUUGCGGGAGGCGGUGAAAGAGUGCGAGGAGGUGCUCCGUCUGGAUCCGAUGAACGAGCGGGCACACCUGAGAUUGGCUUCACUAUAUUUACGGUUGGGGCAGGUUGAGAAUGCAAAGCGGCAUAUCUACUUUGGAGGCCAGCAGCCUGAGCAUUUUGAGUUGCAGAAGCUCCAAGCAGUGGAGAGGCAUCUGGGAAAGUGUGCAAAUGUGAGGAAGAUUGGCGAUUGGAAGAGCGCCUUAAGAGAAGCUGAUGCAGCCAUGACUGCAGGGGCUGACUCCUCUCUGCUGCUCAUUGCAUUGAGAGCAGAAGCCCUUCUCCAUCUCCACCAGCUCGAUGAGGCUGAUUCAACUCUUUCAAGUGCACGUAAAUUUGAAACAUCAUCCUCGUCUUCCUUACAGACGAAAUUUUUUGGCAUGCUAUCAGAUUCCUAUAUCUACAUUGUUCGAGCCAAAGUUGAUAUGGCAUUGGGAAGGUUUGAGAAUGCAGUUGCAAUGGCUGAGAAGGCCUGGCAGAUGGAUCCUACAAAUACAGAAGUGACAAUGGUGUUGAAUGGUGUGAGAUCUGCAUCAAGAGCUCGAGCUCAAGGAAAUGAGCUCUUCAAAUCUGGAUGCUUUGCAGAAGCAUGCAUGGCAUAUGGGGAAGGUCUUAAAUCUGAUCCAUCAAACCCGGUUCUCCAUUGUAACAGAGCAGCUUGUCGGUCCAAGCUUGGACAGUGGGAGAAAUCUAUUGCGGAUUGCAAUGAAGCCCUCAGGAUUCAUCCCAGUUAUACCAAGGCCCUUCUCAGACGUGCUGCCUCCUAUGCGAAGCUUGAGCGCUGGGCUGAAGCUGUGCGAGAUUAUGAAGCCCUAAGAAAGGAGCUUCCAGGUGACAGUGAGGUGGCUGAAGCCUUAUUCCAUGCUCAAGUUGCACUGAAAACAUCUCGUGGUGAGGAAGUCUCUAAUAUGAAAUUCGGAGGGGAGGUUGAGGAGAUUGCUAGUUUGGAGCAAUUCCAAGCGGCGAUAUCUUUACCUGGAGCUUCUGUUGUUUAUUUCAUGGCACCAUCAAACCAGCAAUGCACCCAAAUGUCCCCAUUUGUGGAUGCACUGUGCACACAAAAUCCAUCUGCAAACUUUCUCAAGGUCAAUGUCAACGAGAGCCCUGUCAUUGCCAGGGUGGAGAAUGUGAGAAUAGUCCCGACCUUUAAGAUCUACAAGGACGGGAUGAAGAUGAAGGAGAUGAUCUGCCCCAGUGAGAAGGUUUUGGAGGUGUCUGUGAGGCACUACAGUAUCUUGCAUUAAAACAGAUAGUUCAUUUGAUCUGCUGCUCCACCUUCAAUUUAUAUGAAUAUUAGCUACCGCCGCAAACCAGUGACAAAAUAAUUCAUCGAGCUGAAGCACAAACCAGAUUGAUAGAGAAGAGCCUAUUUAUUCCUUUUUUUUUUUGCUUGUAUUUACCAUCUCCUUUAAUCUUAGCCCACCUUAUUUAUUCUUUACAUUCACGGAACUGUAGUCUUACUUUAAUAGUUUAGCCCAUUCCCUGAUUAGCCUAGGAUGCUCUUAAAGUUUCUUGCAUAAGAGUCCACCAUUCUGUUCUUCUUGGGAAGCUCAAGUCUAUCAUUCAUAAGAUUGAGAUAGCUGAGAGAGAUGGCUGCUUAAAAUUACUACAUGUAUAUAUACCACAUAGCAAUUACCGGGAGCCAUUCAUAAGAUUGUGCAUCUGGUGGUUGGUUGGGGGAAGGAAAGAGAGUACACAGUUAUCAUUGGUAGUUUUGCUGCUGCUGCUGCUGGUGCUGAUAUAUGCUUUCAUUUUUAUGAAUAAAAAACUUAAAAUUCUUUCUCAUGUCA